AUGUUCGAGGAAAUCCCUCGCGUCGAGGGGGAUGCCUCAUAUAACGUGAAAGACUUUGACGAGACCCUCCAAGCCUUCAACGAGAUCCUCAGUUCUGCACCAUACGUGCGCUCAACCGGGGCUGGACUGAGUGCCAUUACAGUUCCAUUCAAUGCCGUUCUCAACUGGCCAGCGAAUACAACCAGCGGCUACGUUUUCUUCCUCAACAAGAAUGUCAAUGAAAGUUUGAAGGCGAUUAUUAACCGAUGGGGCGACUUUCUCAAAUACGACCUCAGCUCUGCGAAAUACAUAAAUCAUAAUGAUGACUGCCCAAAGAACUGGUUCAGCAAGAGUUAUCAGAAGAUAAUGAAGGACUACGCCCAGUGGCCUCAGGAUUCUCCCAUUGAGAAGCUCUACAAAUGUGAUCCACAAUCUCCUACUUGGGGCUUUUCUAGCUGGGACCAGUUCUUCACGCGCCAAUUCUGUCCGGGUGUCCGCGAUGUGAACAAAUACGACCAAAGCGACAGUGUGAUUGUGAAUGCCUGCGAAUCUGGAAAGCAAGGCGUAGUGCAGAAGGUCAAAGACCGCGACACAUUCUGGCUGAAAUCCCAACCGUACUCUAUCAUCGACAUGAUGGAUUCCGACUCCUACAGUUCCCGUUUCUUCAACGGCACCGUUUAUCAAGGCUGGCUGAGCUCCGCGUGCUAUCACCGCUGGCAUGCCCCGAUCUCAGGAACCGUGGCAAAAAUCGUCCAGAUCCCAGGUACAUACUACUCUAAUGUCCGAUCGCAUCUUUUCCCAGAUCCAGAUCCGUCUGGCCCGAAUCUCUCUCAGUUCUAUCUCGCCUCCGUUGCUACGCGAGCGCUGAUUUUCAUCGAGGCCGACAAUCCGGCUAUUGGGCUCGUGUGCUUUAUCGCCAUCGGGAUGAAUGAGAUUUCCAGUUGUGAGAUCACAGUCUACAAGGAUCAGCAUGUGCAGAAGGGACAGCAGCUUGGAAUGUUUCAUCUGGGUGGUUCGGCGUAUUGCUUGGUAUUUGAACAUCGUGUGAAGCUUAAUUUCCUUGAUCCCAGCGAAUCGGGUAACCCUCAUGGAAUGUUCAAACUGAACAGCCGUUUGGCUACGGUGGAGAAUUGA